AUGACCACCGGCUUCAGCUCCGGGUCCUCCCGGUUCGCAGACUAUUUUGUGAUCUGCGGACUCGACACCGAAAGCGGGCUGGAACCCGACGAACUGUCCGCUUUAUGCCAGUAUAUAGAAGCUACUAAAUUCAGAGAUGGGGCCAGAGGAAAAUUGGCGAGGGGAAACGAAGGUGAGAAUUUUGAGCAGAGUCCACUGCGGAGAACCUUUAAAUCCAAAGUCCUCGCACAUUACCCAGACAAUGUGGAGUGGAAUCCCUUUGACCAAGAUGCAGUCGGCAUGCUCUGUAUGCCAAAGGGUCUGUCCUUCAGGACGCAGGUGGACUCCAGGGAGCCCCAGUUCCACUCCUAUAUCAUCACCAGAGAGGACGGCUCUCGGACCUACGGCUUCGCCCUCACCUUCUUCGAGGAGGUGACCAGCAAACAGAUCUGCAGCGCCAUGCAGACUCUCUACCACAUGCACAACGCAGAGCAGUACGACAUCUUGCACACUCCCACCUCUCCCCCGGGGUCCGAGGACCGGCGAGUCCCCCAGCCCCGUCCCGUGCUCCACGCCGCGCCCGCCAUCACCCGCCUGCAGCGUUUCAACUCCUACGACAUCAGCCGUGACACCCUGUACGUGUCCAAGUGCAUCUGCUUGAUAACGCCGAUGGCUUUCGCUCAGGGCUGCAGAAAAGUGCUGCAGCAGCUUCACCAGGCCGUCAGCUCCCCCCAGCCCCCACCCCUACCGCUGGAGAGCUACAUCUACAACAUCCUCUACGAGGUGCCCCUGCCGCCAUCCGGGCGCUCCCUCAAGUUUUCCGGCGUCUACGGGCCAAUCGUGUGCCAGAGGCCGAGCACCUCGGAGCUGCCCCUCUUUGACUUUGCCAUCAGUGAAAUGUUUAACCUGCUGGGGGUGGAGAACGUUCUCCAGCUGUUCACGUGUGCCCUACUGGAGAUGCAGAUCCUGCUCUACUCACAGCAUUAUCAGAGGCUGAUGACCGUGGCAGAAAGCAUCACGGCCCUGAUGUUCCCCUUCCAGUGGCAGCAUGUGUAUGUCCCCAUUCUGCCCGCCUCCCUGCUCCACUUCCUGGAUGCGCCUGUGCCCUAUCUAAUGGGCCUGCACUCAAACGGACAGGAUGACCGCACCAAGCUGGAGCUGCCACAGGAGGCUAACUUAUGUUUUGUGGACAUUGAUAAUCACUUCAUUGAACUGCCGGAGGAGCUGCCCCAGUUUCCCAACAAACUGGAAUUCAUUCAGGAGAUCUCCGAGGUGCUCAUGUCCUUUGGCGUCUCUCCAGAGGGAAACAUCCACUCUAGCGACAGCCAAGCCAAAUACCUUCCGGGCUUCCGCUCUGUCGACAUGGUCUCCGACAAGAGAAACGGCAACUUGGCCUCGCCGCUCAACUCCUACCUGCUGAGAGAGAAUGAAACGAUCGCCAGGCUGCAGGCUCUGGUCAAGAGGACAGGUGUGAGCCUGGAAAAGCUGGAGGUGAGAGAGGACACCAGCAGCAAUAAGGAUGCUCGGGCCCAGUGUGACGAGGAGGAGCUGAAGAUGCACCAGCUCAACAUCCAGGUGCGCGAGGUCUUCGCCAACCGCUUCACCCAGAUGUUCGCCGACUACGAGGUGUUUGUCAUCCAGCCCAGCCACGACAAAGAGUCCUGGUUCACCAACCGAGACCAGAUGCAGAACUUCGACAAGGCCUCCUUCCUGUCCGACCAACCGGAGCCCUACCUGCCCUUCCUGUCCCGUUUCCUGGAGACCCAGAUGUUCGCCUCCUUCAUCGAUAGCAAGAUCCUCUGUCACGAUGACGAGGAGAAGGAGCACACGCUGAGAGUGUUUGACUCCCGCGUGGACAAGAUCCGCAUGCUGAACGUCCGCACGCCCACCCUGCGCACCUCCAUGUACCAAAAAUGCACCAACAUCGAGGAAGCAGAGAAAGCCAUCGAGAUGAGAGUGCUAAAGAUCGACCACACCGCCCUGCACCCCCACCUGCUGGACAUGAAAAUUGGUCAGGGGCGCUACGAGCAGGGCUUCUUCCCUCGACUGCAGUCCGAUGUGCUCUCCACUGGACCCACCAGCAACAAAUGGGCGAAGAGAAGUGCUCCUGCUCAGUGGAGGAGGAGGGAUCGACAGAAGCAACACACGGAGCAUCUUUACUUAGACAAUGACCAGAGGGAGAAGUACAUCCAGGAAGCCAGAAACUUGGGAACAACCAUCAGACAGCCUAAACUGUCCAACCUGUCACCAUCUGUGAUUGCUCAGACAAAUUGGAAGUUUGUUGAAGGAUUGCUGAAGGAGUGCAGGAACAAGACAAAGCGUAUGUUGGUGGAGAAGAUGGGUCGAGAGGCGGUGGAGUUGGGUCACGGAGAGGUUAGCAUUACCGGGGUGGAGGAGAACACCCUGAUCGCCAGCCUCUGUGACCUGCUGGAGAGGAUCUGGAGCCACGGCCUGCAGGUCAAACAGGGUAAAUCUGCUUUGUGGUCCCACCUGCUCCACUACCAGGAUAGCAAAGAGAAGAAGAGCGCAACCCCAGGAGGUUUGGGACCUCCAGGCUUCAUCCAGGACACUGAGAGACGGAAGUCGGAUGGUGGUGGAUCAGCCAUGCCCCCCCUUAGAAUUUCCCUGAUUCAGGAUAUGAGACACAUUCAGAAUAUAAGUGAGAUCAAGACGGACGUGGGUAAAGCCAGAGCCUGGGUUCGCCUCUCCAUGGAGAAGAAGCUUCUUUCCAGGCACUUGAAGCAGCUGCUCUCCGACCACGAGCUUACAAGAAAACUUUACAAGCGCUAUGCCUUUCUGCGCUGUGAUGAUGAGAAGGAGCAGUUCCUUUACCACCUCCUGUCCUUUAAUGCCGUGGAUUACUUCUGUUUCACCAACGUCUUCACGACCAUCAUGAUCCCCUAUCAUGUAGUAGCUGUUCCCAGUAAGAAGUUGGGUGGCUCCAUGUUCACAGCCAAUCCCUGGGUUUGUGUUUCCGGUGAGCUGGCAGAGACCGGAGUCCUGCAGGUGCCCAGGAACACUCUAGAGAUCACUUUUGAGUGCCAGAACCUGGGCAAGCUCACCACAGUGCAGAUAGGUCACGAUAACAGCGGACUCUACGCAAAGUGGCUUGUGGAGUGUGUCAUGGUCCGCAACGAGAUCACAGGACACACCUACAAGUUUCCAUGUGGACGGUGGCUGGGGAAGGGUGUGGAUGAUGGUAGCCUAGAGAGGAUACUGGUGGGAGAGCUGAUGACCCCCACCUCUGAGAAUGACGAAAGAAUGUGCCGCACGCCACCGAUGCAGCAAUCUCCUGGGAUGAUGAGAAGAUUCGUAACCAUCUCUCCGAGCAGCAAACCAAAGUUAAACACAGGUCAGAUCCAGGAGGGAGUGGGAGAGGCUAUCAACGGGAUUGUGAAGCACUUCCACAAGCCCGAGAAGGAGAGAGGCAGCCUUACCCUUCUCCUCUGCGGAGAGUACGGCCUCGUCUGGGCUCUGGAGCAAGUUUUCCAGCACGGCUUUAAGUCACCUCGGCUCUUCAAAAAUGUCUUCAUCUGGGACUUUUUAGAAAAGGCACAAGUUUACUUCGAAAGUGCCGAGCAGCGGGAGGUGACUCCUGAUGAAAACUGGCAAACCAGAGUGCACCACUUCGGCCGCUUCAUGCGUGCCAUCAACAGCACGCCCAGGAACAUCGGCAAGGACGGAAAGUUCCAGAUGCUCGUCUGUCUGGGUGCAAGGGACCAUUUGCUGCAUCACUGGAUCGCGUUGCUCGCAGAUUGCCCAAUCACAACUCAAAUGUACGAGGACACGGCACUAAUUAAAGACCGCUCACUGUCGUACCUGAACAUGAAGAUCACUGGGGACCACUAA